AUGCCCAAACGCAAGGCUGAUUCCGAUCCUCAGAAUUCGUCCAAACCGAAACGUGAUAAGUACGCUGAAAAUUGCAAACUUGCUGAUCGUAUUGAACGUUCCGGUGUCCCCGUCGAUUCCCCUUGUGAUUAUUGUUUUGUUCGUGGGAAGGUGUGCAUCAUGAGUCCGUACUCGGACAGCAAGAAAUGUUCGACUUGCGCCCGGCGGGGUCAGACCUGUGAGCGGAGCUUCCAUUCGGACAAGGAGUGGGAUGACCUGCAGCGUGAUGAACAGCGAUUGGCGCAAGAGUUGGAGGAGGCACAAAAAUUAUUCCUUCAACAUUCUCAAAAAAUGAACGAAGCGAUGGCCAAGGUGCUUCGUCUUCAAACGCAUCAAAAAUUCCUCAAAGAUCGUGGUGGUCGUAUGUUGAAUCACGACCAGGCGGUGUCCGACCGACUGAACGCUGAUGAUCCUCCUACCGCUGACGAGUUCCGCGAGUUCGAUCGUCUGGCGGAGCAACAGGAGAUCCGUCAAUUGGCCGCUACGUCCGAAGACGCUAGUCCCCUCUGCUUUCUGGGAUGGUCAAGACGCUUUCUUGAUGUCUGGUGGUGGUUCUGGGAGGUUGUCUUCGCCUGGCGGUCAUACUGUUGUACCAGCUGGUGA